AUGUUUUAUAUUUGGUUCUUAUAUUUACUAUAUUUGGUGACCCCGAUUCAAAAUAAAAUGCCUGGUGACGGAGAAGUAUUAGAAGACGCAAAUGAUCAACAACAAUUGCAUGUUGCAAGAGUCGCCAUUAAAUGUCCUCCGUUUUGGAAGAUCAAUCCCAGAUUAUGGUUUGCGCAAAUAGAGUCGCAGUUUUCAAAUGCAAAUAUUGUUUCUGAUCUUACAAAAUACAACACCGUGGUAGGACAUAUUGAAAGCGAAAUUCUAAAUGCAGUAAGUGAUAUUGUUCUCAAUCCGCCUAAUCAAGGUAAAUAUGAAACUUUGAAAACAAGAUUAAUCGAGUCAUUUGCUGACAGUGAAGACGAGCUUGCUCGUAAGUUACUUCAAACCAAUUCCAAUGAUGAUUCAAAACCAUCACAAAUAUUGAAAAAUAUGAAAGAACGCCAAUGCUAA